GUUCCAGCCAAGAUUUCGCACACCCUUCUGAAAAAUCAGUCACUCGCUGCAUCACGACAGAUGGCGAAAUCAAAACAAUACCGAAGCGAAGUGCCGAAGAAACCGAAGCUGCUCACGACCUUCUUUCUCUCUCGCAAAGCCUACCGCCACUGCAACCUCCGAGCGUGGUCAUGAUACACCAUACCAUACCCUCAGAAGAAGACCCACCGAGCCCCACUCACUGCUAUCGACCUCUUUCUCCAGAAGUCAGUCCUCAAAAAAUCGCUCCCAAGCCUUUGAGUCAACAACCGCUUGUGCAACAUCCAAUCCACCAAAUCCACCAACCAACACCAAUUCGUGCCACGCCUGUCAUCGUCCAAACCACGCAGCAAGUAGUAGUUCCCUGCCCCAUCGUUUACGUAGUGGAAGUCCCUGGAGCAGUACCUACACCUCCAACUUCAGAAUGCUCUUCAGAUGCUGAAAACCUCCACAUGGGCUUCGUGGAGUCGAUGAAUCAGAACGUAACCGUUAUCACGGAACAAAGCGAUGACAUUAUCAUCCUUCCCUUGUCUCCGGAGCCAGAAGCAACUCGAGAGGAGUUUCAGAACAAAGCGGUGGUGGCAUCUUCGCAUCUGAACAUUCCGGACCGGCGGAAAAGGAGCAACAAAAAGACCAAUAAAUUACACAAAACUUCAAAAAACAACAAUGAUAACUCGGCCAGCGAUAACAAUCUUGAUUGCAGCAGUUCUGAAAUUAAUUCUACUUCCAAAACGAAAUUUUUCAAAGUCGUGGAAGACGAAGAGGAUGAAGAAAUCGACGUCGAAGGUACCAGCGACCUGGACCCAUCGAAAAACCGUUACGUGUGUGGCGAAUGCGGAAAGCAGUACGCCACCUCCAGCAACCUUUCCAGGCACAAACAAACCCACCGGAGUCUAGACUCGCAAUCCGCGAAGAAGUGCAUAACUUGCGGAAAGGCUUACGUCAGCAUGCCCGCCCUGGCCAUGCACCUCCUCACCCACAAGCUCUCCCACAGCUGCGGGAUCUGCGGUAAGCAAUUCUCGCGGCCGUGGUUGCUCCAAGGCCACCUCAGAUCGCACACAGGCGAAAAGCCUUACGGUUGCGCGCACUGCGGUAAGGCCUUCGCUGACAGGUCGAACCUGCGCGCGCACAUGCAGACGCAUUCAACCGACAAGAAUUUCAGCUGUACGAAGUGUCAAAAAACUUUCGCUUUGAAAUCGUAUCUCAAUAAACAUCUGGAAUCCGCGUGUAUGGUUUUCGAUUCGAAGACGCAGCGGUAUAAGAAACUUACGGUUCACGCCGAAACUCAAACAACUAUUGUUGUUGACUGA